AACAAAGAUCCAUUCGUGUAGGACUUCGCGGUUUGUGGUGCAGUGUUUAUUUUGAGGAGCGUUAUGUGCGUGCGCGAGCUUUGGUUAAAGAGAAAAGGGUGUAUCGUCAUAAAGAAACACGAAUAUAAAUAAACUGUGCGUUUUUUUCUCGUAGAAAUUUAAUGACUGUUCGUAAGCUUAACUGAAGUUUGUGAAUAAAAUACAACAAUGAUCUGAGAGUGUUUGGAUUUAUACGCUCUUGGGUACACAUACAGGGUCACCUUGAGGAGGGACAUCUAUGGCGCAUGCGUAAGCCUCUCUGUCCUCCAACAUGGCGGCUGCCAGUUGUGCCAUGCUGCUGAACAGGAGUGUGGGCCGUUUAGUGGCUCGCACGGUAUUUAGGAGACCUUUCUGUGUCCAGAGCAUAUCCAGCAUUUCCUUCCUGCAGCCUGAGCGAUUUCCUUUCCGUCUUUACAGUACAGAGGCUAGCCAAGCUGGACCGACAGAGCCAGUCGAUUUUGACAGAAAACUACGUUUUAAGGAGAAACCAUGGGAGUACCUGGAGAGUGAAGAGUACAUUGAAAGAUAUGGCAACAAGCCCAUCUGGUUUGGUUACAGGCGCAAUCACAAGGGCCAGAUUCCACCGCAGAAGACCCGGAGGACUUGCAUUAGAGGAAGCAAAGUCUGUGGCAAUCCCUGCCCCAUCUGCAGAGACCCAAACCUCUUCGUAGAUUAUAGGAAUGUGAAGCUUCUGGAGCAGUUCAUCUGCCCCCAUAUGGGCAUCACGUACCACCCAACACACACAGGUGUCUGCAUGAGGAAAUAUAAGCAUCUGACCGAAGCUAUUGAGAAGGCUCGCAACAGUGGCCUUUUAUCCUCCUACAUCCCUUUCACCACUUUCCAUGAGGAUUUCAGCAAUCAGCAUCCUGCUGUCACCAAAACUGCUCCGUCCCCAGCUCUGCAGAACAAGGCAGCAUGGUAUGAAUGGUAUGAAUGGCAGCAGCCCCCGGAGAAGGAAAUUCAGCGGAUCAGAAGGAUUUACAAGGACUACCUGAAAGAGGAGAGCGGCCCUCCGUGAGCUGGGUAGGAGGCACUGGAGAGAAUCACACACUUCCCUGGUGGUUGUGGAGUUUGUCCUUGAAAAUGCUCUGAAGGGUGGUCCACCUGUGACCUUGGCUGCUUUCUAUUUUCUCGUCUAUCAAUGUCAAUAAAGUCAAAGUCCUUA